GCAGCCCCAGAACAGAUGAGGCGAGCAGGGUUGGGGUGUCUGGUCAGAACAGCCCACCGCAAAAGGAGGAGGAAAGAAAUGAAAGACAGAGAUGGCUUUGGCUGUAGGAGAAGGGGGAGGCUGGGGGAAGGAGGAGACAGAGGAGGAGGAGGGACUGUGGGGUGGAGGGGAGCGAGACCCAGCCCAGAGCUCGGAGUGGUUUCCUGUUGCUGUCUCUAAACCCCUCCACAUUCCUGCAGACCUUCAGACUGCCCGGAGCGCGCUGCCUGCCGCCUGCCUGCCACCCAGGGUUCCCAGCACCAUGAGGGCCUGGAUCUUCUUCCUCCUUUGCCUGGCCGGGAGGGCUCUGGCAGCCCCUCAGCAGCAGGAAGCCCUGCCCGAUGAAACAGAGGUGGUGGAGGAAACCGUGGCUGAGGUGGCCGAGGUACCUGUGGGAGCCAACCCUGUCCAGGUGGAAGUAGGAGAAUUUGAUGAAGGUGGCGAGGAUGCCGAAGAGGAAGUGGUGGCUGAAAACCCCUGCCAGAACCACCACUGCAAACACGGCAAAGUCUGCGAGCUGGAUGAGAACAACACCCCCAUGUGUGUGUGCCAGGACCCUACCAGCUGCCCAGCCCCCAUUGGCGAAUUUGAGAAGGUGUGCAGUAAUGACAACAAGACCUUCGACUCCUCCUGCCACUUCUUUGCCACAAAGUGCACCCUGGAGGGCACCAAGAAGGGCCACAAGCUCCACCUGGACUACAUUGGGCCUUGCAAAUACAUCCCCCCCUGCCUGGACUCCGAGCUGACCGAAUUCCCCCUGCGCAUGCGGGACUGGCUCAAGAACGUCCUGGUCACCCUGUACGAGAGGGACGAGGACAACAACCUUCUAACUGAGAAGCAGAAGCUACGUGUGAAGAAGAUCCAUGAGAAUGAGAAGCGCCUGGAGGCAGGAGACCAUCCCGUGGAGCUGCUGGCCCGCGACUUCGAGAAGAACUACAACAUGUACAUCUUCCCCGUGCACUGGCAGUUUGGCCAGCUGGACCAGCACCCCAGUGAUGGGUACCUGUCCCACACUGAACUGGCCCCGCUGCGUGCCCCCCUCAUCCCCAUGGAGCACUGCACCACUCGCUUUUUUGAGACCUGUGACCUGGACCGUGACAAGUACAUCGCCCUGGACGAGUGGGCCGGCUGCUUCGGCAUCAAGGAAGGACAUCGACAAGGAUCUUGUGAUCUAAAUCUGCACCCUCCUCCCGCAGUACCAGAUUCUCUUUGACCCUCCCCUUCCCGUUUCCCCCAAAGUUUAAGAUGUUUGGAUGGUUUGUUGUUCUGCCUGGGGACAAGGUGCUAACAUAGAUUUCAAUGAAUACAUUAACGGUGCUAAAAAUGGAAAUUCUAACCCGAGACAUGACACUCUUAGUUGUAACUUGACUCUCAAGACCUUUUGCUCACCCGUUUGCGGUCCCACUGUUCUCUAGUCUUCGCGGCAUUUGGCCUUCUCUUCCCUGCAUACAGGCGGAAACCGAUCUGCUCAGACUGCUUUUAACACACUUGGCAUCUUCAGACCUUUUCUCUAUUAUUCUGUUUGAAACUAACACUCGCCCAGUCAGACUUUGCAUUAAUUUUAUUUAAGGGUAUCGCGGCCCGUGGGUCCUUCCCCAGGUGGCCUGGAGGUGGGCACAGAAGAGUAACACACGAUGUUGGCAAGGGUGUUUCUGGGACCAGAGCGUCAGGGGCGGGACAGACCCCUACGGAAGCCACCAGCCAAAGCCUGGUGUGCCCAAGGCUGAAACUGAGAGACGGAUUCUGGGGCUGUGUUAGGAGAAGACUGAAAUUCUUGCAUGAGCCCUGCUCUGGCCAUUUCUUCCUUCUCCUUGUUUGUGGCAGCUUCUUUUCACAGAAGGCUGUGUGAUCAGACUUUUAGGAACGUGGCCUGUCAGUCCUCUGGAAGGUAGAGCAGUGACACCACACGGGACUUCUUCCUCCCCAGGUGUCUUGAAAUUCAGGCCUCUUCUCAGGGCCUGGGAGGCGUUUCCACCAAAAAGGCCAAAAUCCAGAGUGAGAUGCAGAAAGUCGUAAGACAGAAAAAGCGGAGUUGGCAAAUCGGUUGUUUCCCCCCUCCAUUUGGUUGACUGUCAUCAGGUUUCUAGCAUGUUCUUGCUUUUCUUCCUUCCCCCCUUUUUCUUCUGUGAAUCAAGAGAAACUUCCGAGUCCAUGGGAUGGUCGGAUCUCACAGGCUGAGAACGCGUCACCUCCAAGCAUUUCAUGAAAAAGCUGCUUCUUAUUAAUCACACGAACUCUCACCAUGAUGGAAAGAGUUUGACAAAUCUAUCAAAAUAAAAAGUAAUGACUUAGAAAUGGC